GUUAAGGCUUCGGAGAGAAAACAGGUGCAAAGUGUUGAGUGAUUUUUUUUUGUUUAUGUAAAAAGAAAAGAUGAAUAUUGCAGGGACGGACUACAUUUUUUGGACAUUGCUUAUUCUUCUUAUUCUGUCAAUCUUUGCUGCAGCAGCAGUACUCCUUGUUUUCUUCCUGAUUCGCCUCUACGCGCAGCUUACCUGCGGAAUGUACGAAGAGAAGACCAGAAUGGACGGAAAGACCGUCAUCGUUACUGGCUGCACCAGCGGCAUUGGAAAGGAAACGGCUAGAGAAUUGGCGAAGAGAGGUGCAAGAGUUAUCAUGGCGUGUAGAAAUUUGGAAUUGGCUGAAAAAGUCAAAGAUGAAAUCCUCAAAGACGUUAAGGACGCGAAAUUAGAGAUCAAGAAACUGGAUCUAUCAUCGUUUUCGUCCAUUCGUGAGUUCGCUGCAGACAUCAUCAAGACAGAACCAAAGCUGGACGUCCUAAUCCACAAUGCUGGUUACGCACAGACAUUUAAAAAGUACAAGACUGAAGAUGGCCUGGAAAUGACUAUGGCCACUAACCAUUAUGGACCAUUCUUGCUAACCCACUUGCUGAUAACCCUUCUCCGAAAGAGUACACCCUCAAGAAUCGUGGUUGUUGCAUCUUCACUAUAUAGAUUAGCCAGUUUUAACUUCGACAACCCAAAUCCAUUAACGACUAUGCCAGGAUAUCUUUACUAUGCUUCAAAGGAGGCUAAUAUCCUUUUUACUAAAGAGUUGGCAAGAAGAUUAGAAGGUACUGGGGUCACAGCAAACUGUUUACAUCCAGGCCUAAUCGAUACAGGAAUCUGGAACAACGUACCAGCACCAUUGAGCUGGCCAUUAAGACUCGUAAACAAAUGUUUCUUCAAAACGCCAAUACAGGGUUGUCAAACUACAGUUAUGUUAGCGACAGACGAAAACUUGCUAAAAGUUAGCGGAAAGUAUUUUUCGGAUUGCCAAGAAAGUUCUUUAUCUAAUGCUGCAAGUGAUAUGAGUAGAGCGAGAAAAUUGUGGGAGAUCUCUGAGAAGCUGGUGCAAUUGGAGGAAAAUGAUCCUCGGAUUUAAUGGAUAUUUACACCGAAAGCAAGAAGUGCAGCAUAAUUUGGGGUUAUAAUCGCUUAUUUACACACGUCACAUAUUAUGUAGUAAAUAUAUAGAGAUAUAAUAUAAACCUCUUUGAGUGUGGCGUAUUACUCCAGGUGCUGCACCAGUUGUAAGAAAAUUUACAAAAAGUAUUUAAAAAAUUGCGCCUUUUAGAUUCUAGACUCUAUAAUGAACAUAUUCCAUACUAUCUAGCACAGAGUAGAGAUGGAUACUUACGUUAUCUAGUAAGAAUUCAAAUCAAUUUAAAUGCCACGCGUUUCAGCGCUAUUUUUUUCCUAAUUAUUUAUCAUUUAUUUUUAAAAAGCACAUUAACAAAUUAUAUUAUUAUAAUAUUCUAACAAAUUAAAUUAUUUUUUAGAAAA